UCUAAGCCAGUUUUUUUUUUGUAAAAGGAAAUACAAGAAUCUCGUUACAAAAGAGUGCUCAUCAACCACUUGAUCUUUUUGUUUCAAUUUGCAAUUCAAUUUCAGUUUCAGAAAUUUCGUUCUAAGCCUUUCUUCAAGAUUUUCACCUUACAUACUUGUAAAUCUUGUAGCCGUUUCCAUCUUCAUGCAUUCCUCUUGUUGACUGGGUUUCUUUUCUUAUUGUUUGGGACUUUUUUCUCAUUCUUGGAAUCCUAGAGUUUGUCUUUUAGCUUUUGUUAUAUGGUUCAAGAAAAUAUUUGCUCUUGAACCAAGAUCCUUUUGAUUGCUUUGAUUCUUCUUCCAUGCGAUCUUCUUUUCUUUAUAUAAAAACAUCUAAACUUUGUGCUUCGAGGGCUACACCAUUUUUGAAUGAUUCUGAUCUUUAUCCCAGAGAAAUAGAUACAAGGCUAGUUGUUUAUACACCUGGAGAUGGCUAACAUCUGCACAGUGAUGUCCGAAUCAGAGAUUACUUCACUUAAGGACGCACUUUGUGCUCAGCAGAAGCUUCUGCAGAAGCUUUACGUUGAGUUGGAUGCAGAAAGAGAAGCUUCUGCCACUGCAGCCAGUGAAGCUUUAUCUGUGAUAUUGCGUCUACAAGGAGAGAAGGCUGCGGUCAAAAUGGAGGCGGAGCAGUAUAAGAGAUUGGCGGAGGAAAGGAUGUGUCAUGCUGAGGAAUCUUUCGCAUUAAUUGAAGAUAUGAUCACCGAGAAAGAAAUGGAGGUGGCCGAGUUAGAUUAUCAAGUCCAAACCUAUAGGUAUCAGCUGAUGAGCAUGGGUUUCGAUGUUCCUUCUGGUGAUGAUAUGAACAUUCCUGAAAACCUAUUGCACAGACACGAAUGUGUAUCCGGAGAAACAUGCCUUCACUUGAAAUGCAAGAAGGCUUUGCUCGACUUAGAAGGUUCCACUAAUGUAGAUGUAGAUGUAUUUUCUAAGCCUGUAGAGGAGGAACAGUCGGGCCAGGAAACAAACGAGUGUUCCUCGUUUGUCUCAGGUUCAGAGAGGAAGGUUGAUGGUUCAACUCAUGAAGGCAUGUUUUCUUAUGCCGAGCAGAUAAAGGAGUUAGAGGUUUUGGUAAAAGAUAUGACAGGAGCUAACGUAACAGGCUCUGUUAGUGAAGCCCUGAUUCCAGCCAUUUCUAAAAAGCCAAGUCUAGCAAAUCUAUCUUCAUAUUCAGGAGAUUCAUCACAAGACACUAAAGCUGUUCAUUCCCCUCGUCCUCCAAUGGUACAUGAUGUCUUUGAGGUUCCGCAGGUUGACCAGUUACCCAUAUCUUAUGAAGCUGGCAAAGCCAGUGAGAUCCUUGAGAUCCGAGACGAAGCUCAACCAUCAAGCAAAGUUUGUCAAGCUAGCCAAGAUCCCGAAUCUGUGAAAAAGAUUGCCAAAAAUGAACCUGACUGGCUGAAGAAGCUACUGGACUCGACUGACCACGACAAAAAUCUAUGUAAACCAAGUGAUAUUGCUGCUAUUGAUCGCGGGAUUGUCCAACCUACAGCAAGUGGUGACGUUGCUUUUGUCAAACCAAGAACGCGUACUAAUGUAUCUGAAUCCAAUUUUGAUCAACUUGAGAGGAAUCCAGAGAUGACGGCACAAGCUUCAGAGAGAGAGGAAGAGCUGAUACUGUUGAAAGAGAUCUGGAAGAAACUAAGUUUGUUACAGGAUCAGAUUGCCAUUCAGAAAGUGAAAGUGAAGAAAUCUUUCCCAGCCAACGAGCCAUCCUUGCAACCUCUAGCUGAGAUGAUGGUCUCCUUUUGGCUUUGAUGAAGCAGUGAAUUACAGAAAUCUGACAUUCACAUUCAGACAUCUCUAUGUUAGAAUGUCAUAUCUUUCUCUAUUCUACCUCACCAACAUCUGAUUUGUUUGUAAAAGAAUCUUCACUUACAGUAUUGUAGUCCAAGGCGGGGUUGAUACGAUCUGCCCAGCUGAUGAAGCGUAUUGCCAGCUGCAAGAUGCUCACUUUGUACAGAUUCAGUAGUAUCCACCCUUCUUAUUUUUUUUUUCUACUUACAGAAGAGAGUUUAUUUCUAUUUUUUCACACUUUCUGAUGUAUACACCUGUAUCUGGAAAGCGUUUUCGUUGUUUUCAGCCACAAUAUUUGGGUAGCUGUCAUACGAUGUAAUUGUGUAACACCCGUUGCGUUACACAAGAUGCUUGU